AUGUCAUCCGAGAACCCUACACAGAACCGAGUCGUUGUCCUUCACAAGAUUGGGCAGACUGCAAAACUCGAGACACGCGCAGUACCAUCCGCUGGACCCGGCAGCGCUAUCAUUCGUGUUCUUGCUGCGUCUGUCAGAGCCAAUUCGCCGGAGGUUUAUGGAAACCCAGAGAGCGGACACCCCUUGCCUUUACCACUUGUUCCAGGGUUCAUUUCCAUUGGACGCGUCGUCGAUGUCGGCCCAGACGCAACCAAACUUGAAGUGGGACAACUCGUCUUGUUCGAUCCAUAUAUCCAAGGUCGGGAUCGUGGUGGGAUUUAUAUCUCUGGGCUGAUGGAAGGCUUUGAUGAGGGCAGCCGAAAACUUUCCCGCGGCGAGUGGCGCGACUCCACCUACGCCGACUACGCCAAGAUACCGCUUGAGAAUUGCCAUCCUUUGGAUAAUGCUCGGCUCCUUGGGGAUACCAAGCACGGGGGCCUAGGCUACACCAUUGAAGACCUAACUCACAUGUUCAGCAUGCUUAUCCCAUUUGGCGGGCUCGCAGACAUCGAUGUCAAGUCGGGUGAAACCGUUAUCAUUGCUCCAGCGACGGGGAGGUAUGGAAGUGCAGCUGUUCACCUAGCGCUUGCCAUGGGCGCUCGCAUCGUUGCCAUUGGGCGUAAUAAGAACAUUCUUCAACAACUUGAAUCUAUAAAUGCGCGCAUCUCAACAGUUCAGCUCACCAAUAUCGUUGAAAAAGAUGUCCAAUCUCUUCGCACGGCAUGUGGUGGAUUAGCCGACGCAUUUUGGGAUAUGUCUCCACCAGCCGCAGAGACCUCGACCCAUUUCAAAGCCUGCUUGAGCGUCCUCACACAAGGCGCGCGUGUCAGCCUUAUGGGCAAGGUGCUAUCUGGGGUUGAUUUUAGCUACAUGGACAUUAUAGGCCGGGGACUCACUGUUAAAGGUUCCUGGAUGUGUUCUCCAGAGCAGACUCGAAGGCUCAUCAAGAUGGUGGAAAGCGGUGUUCUUCCUCUGGGACAAAAAGCGGGCAUGGGUCCGAUGCGCAAUUCCAUCCUCGCCGCCGCUGCUGCUCUGGCUCUGGGAGCCAAGGCUGACAUUUAUCCCAACUACGAGUAUGGCAACAUGUUCUAUCUCGGGCCCACUACUGGUGGCCAGUACAUCACCAAGGCCACCUACUCCAUGGAGGUCCCUGCACCUCCCAAGGACUGGGUAAAGUCCAACGAGAAAGAACGUUGGCUCUCUCUCUGGAUUGGUAUUCAGAACAACCCCAGUCAAGGAGACGUUUUGAAGAUGGACUUUGUUCAACCUCUUCUCAACUGGGGUCCUGACAAUUCUGUCUGGGGCUGCAACGCACCCAACACCCAAUGGUGCGCGGCCGCAAGCACAUACACUCCCGACGGACAGAUUGGAAAGCCAUACGUCGAGGUCGAGGAGAAUGCGACCCUGGACUUUGAGCUUACGCUCAACUCUGCCACCGACAUGAUUGAUCAGAAGAUUUCUGCCAAGGGCAAGGUUCUUUCAUCCCAGUCUGACUCCAAGGGCAUGAGACCAGCCGUCUUUUACUCUGGCAACGAGUGCUACGGUGAUGGCUGCGGUACUCUCGAUGCCUACAGCUACAACAACAUUACCCUUGUCUUCAACGAGGCAGUCAAGGACUUGGACAGCAUUGUGACUUACACCAAUGCUCAUCACACUGAGUGGCAAACCAAGGACAACGGCAUCACGUGGACUAUUGACUCCAUCACCAUCGACAAGGACAACUUGACCGAGAAGUCUUGA